GGUAAACAACAGGUGCGCAUGCGUUGUGACUCAAUAAAGGCGGAAGUGUCGAAGAAAUUGAAAUUGGCCUCCAUUAAUGGUUGUUUGUAAAUAUUUCAUGAGGACAAAAUAAUGAAAUAAACAAUGAAGCCUAAAACGAACCGUCGGCCCAAAGAAAGGGCCAGCGAUAAAGACACUGUAGUCGCAUUUCAUGAAUUCAUACAGGGUCGAAUUCAGGGCGAACUGAAUGGAGUGACCAUCGGGCCAGGUUAUGUGCUAUCACGGAUAGCACUUGCUUCCGUUAUUUUCGGGUUUCUGUGUUUGUUGGUGGGUAUUCUGAUAAUUGCCCUCCGCCACAGGCACGUGUACCUCAUAAGCUGGGACGCCCAGUUCCUCGGGCCUUUCUUCAUCAUUAUGUUUUUGGGAUGUUGCGGGCUUGCUGUUUUCUUGUUGAAUCUGGCCAAGCAGCGAACAAACCAGUACAGAAAAGAUCUUGCUUUUCGACCAAUCGGAGACUACGGUGUUGCUGUGGUUCACAAGAGCAAGCUCACCUAUGAUGAACAAAAGAAGACAACAUUGAAGUCUGGUACCACGCCACACAACGUCAGGCAUCCUGGUCGACCGGGAGUCAACGACAGUGGUAACCAGGGUGAUUAUAGCAAGAGAUCCGGCUAUGAUAACCGUGGUUACAAUGACGACCGUAACCGUGACCCUGACAGACGUUACCCCGGACAGACCGCGACGCGGCCCAGAUGAGGUAGACCGCCCGCUGAUGCGCGACGGGGAGAGGCGAGAAGGGGAAAGAAGCAGACGGCCUCCAGAUGACCGACGGGGUCCGGACGACAGACCACGCCGCCCUAGA